CUCUUUGGUGUUCUCUUCACAACUUUGGGAUUCCCAUACAGUGUUGAACCCACUGACCCGUCACCAGAAAGGUUCUGGCUCAUUCACACUCAAAGAACUUUUCAUGAUAUCAGUGGCAACGUCAUUGCUACCGAUGCAGGUUACUGGAUCCUAAACCUAGAUAGAAAUAGUCCGAAACUGAUUCAGGAAGCAAUACCAGAGUUACAAAAUGCUAAAGUAGUUGAUGUCAGUUGUAAUAAUAAUAUUACGUACUGCGGAAUGCCCUUGUGGAAGACCAGAGAUAUUCCGCUUGUAAACAAGAGCGUUUGGGUUUCUUCAAAAGCCCCAACCAUUAAUCAGACUGAAGAAUCAAUAUUAACAGCGGCUUGGAAUAGUACCACUGACGAAGCUAGAAGAUUGUACUUGAACGUAUCGGGAUCAAAUCGUUUGAAUCUUAUUUUGGUACCUCGUGCGGGUGUAGUGCUCAACUCUUGGUCACUGCUUGACAACGUUACUACAACCAUCACGUGGAAUGACAGACCACUUUAUUUCAUUUUGCUAAGUUCAGCAUCGGAUCCAGCAGGUCCUUGGCAAUUGUGGCUAGAUAUGACGGUUUCCACGGAUGUGGAUGCCGUUAUCGAUAUCCUCUUCGUCAGCCAUUACUUUUUAUACUCAAGAUUGGCGGAUUUACCUUAUAAAUCCAUUUUAAAUCAAUUACCACCAUGGGCAGUACCACUGCAUUGGACAUCAACAACAAAAUCAUAUAUUUUUUGAAAAAUUGUCUAAAUGCAGUUUCUACCGUACUUUAUUAAUGGUGAAGGGAAUAUUGGAAAAACACUUGUGAAGUGAAAAUAUAAAUUUUCUAAAACAU